AUGAUCAAUUGGCGACAAUUAUACAACGAAUCACAGCUUAUUCGACCUGAAGAUUCUAGUGUUUCAACUGAAAGGAUUAAUCGCUUGGUUAACAUAUACAAAAAUGAUAUGAUUGACCAAGACCUUUAUCAAUAUGUUCAACGUUUAUCUACAGUUACUCGUUGUUGUCAAACAUGUGCACCAAACAGUUAUAUGAUAUACAAAUGGCUUGAUACUUAUAUAUCAGGAAAUAUAGAUCUUUUUGGUUUUCAUCUAUCAGGACGAUCAGUAUCUGCUUUAGUUUAUUAUUGGAACAAGAAUCUAUUAAAACAAUAUGAUGAACGUGGUCAACUAUCUGAUUUCAAACAAAAUGAAGACGAUGCAUUUUCUAUUUCUCUAUUAUCAAAUAUUGAUGAAAAUAUUAUCAUCAGAAAACACAUGUUGACCGCUUUGAUUCCUAAUUUCAUUAAUAAACUGUUGACUAGAUUUCAGAUGUAUUAUACACAUCGAAAGGCUCAAAGUUUUUCUUCAUCGAUUCAAGUUCAUGCUCAGCCGAUGAAAUCACUUCAAUUUCUAUCUCAAACAAAUAUCUCAUCGAUAUUUAUAUGUUUUAUACAAGAAGAUAAUAAUCUUAAUCAAUUGUUUUGGAUAUUUCGUCAUUUAAUUACGAAAUUUAAUUGGCCUUUAACAACAAAAAUCUUUUCAAAUCGAUCAUUUCAAACAUGUUCAAUAUUUGAACGUACAAUGGCGAAUUAUCUAGGUUUUAUUGAUAUAUCAACAUUAAAUAUGAGUCAAACGGAUCUUCUUUGCUAUCUUUAUCGAUGUUUGAAAACAUGCCAUAAAAAUGGACCAAUGAUUUUCCUAUUUGAUUAUUCGACUAUUUUCAAACCAACAUGUUCUGAUUAUUAUUUAAUAUCUUUUCUAUGUGAUUUAAUUCGAUUCGACUUAUCAAUACCAAAAUUAAUGUUCAUUCCAACACGUUUACAUAAUUCAUACUUAUCAUUUAGUCAACCAUUUUUAUUUAAUGAAUUAUUUGAUUGCUUUAUUAAAAAAAUAAAUAUUCAAAAACCAUUUUGUGAAGCGACCACAAUUGAACAACAGAAACGUAUUCAUAAAUUUAUUAGUUGUAUUUUUCUACAUUUGGCAUAUGAUACAAAUCAACUUGUUUCGACUUCAAUUGAAUUUCAACAUAUAAUUGCUUUAAUUGAACUAUCUCAAAUACCAAUCCAUGUGUCUCCAACAAUUGAAAAUAUUUUCAAUACUCUUCAAACAAUUCUUCAAACAUGUCCAUUCAUUAUUGCGGACAAUCAUAAAUGGAAUGAAAUAACUCAACAACACAUCGAACAAUAUCAUUCAAAUUUCGCUGAUGCUAAUUCUAAAUCUAAAUUAGUUUCAUUAAUACGAAAAGAAUAUUUUCUUGAUAUUUUAGCUGCAUUAUCGAUUCUAUCAAAAGUUCAAAACAGUGAAAAUAUGCCACGUAUAUUUGAGUGUGAGCUGUUGAACCAAAUGACAUUUCUUCUAUUUACAUUUGGCAAUAAACAUCAUUUAAAUAUUCGUUCAUGUCAAACCUGUAAUCAAAUUAUUCAGCAACUAAUACAACAUUGUCAAUUAAGAAAUUAUAUUUCGACAACUUGUGCACCACAAAAAUCAAUGCAUUUUCGGGAUACAAUUUUGUCUGAUCACGAAUGGAGUGAUGAUAAUGACGAUGCAAUCGACGAUGCAUUUGCUGAUCAUGAUGACGAUAAUAGUGAUGAUGAAAUUAUUUUGAAUAAUAUUUCAAAUAAAAGUUCUGAACCGAUGAAACCAUCUUAUAGAAUUAAUUAUAAAGAAUAUCAUUUUCAAUUGAAAUUUUUUGCUAAAUUAGUUGGUUCCUAUAUUGAAGCCAUUGUUACAAUAUUAAAAUAUCAUAUUGACAAACAAUUGAAAUUUUUCACAUUAGAACAAUUCAAUUUUAAUCAAACAUUUUAUUUUAGUGAAACAGUCUCGUUCAUAUCUAAUGAUAUUCUUUCAUUUAUACGUCGAGCAUAUGCAUAUCAAUCAAUAGAAAACAUCAAUAAAGCUGAAGAAGUACUGAUAGUUUUUGAUCCGAUAGAUGAUGAUAUAUAUCCAUUAUUAAAAGAUAAUCUUGUACCGCUUCAUAAUGAAUUCGUUAAGCUAUUAAAUUGUUGUUGUAUUUAA